ACUAUAUUAACGGUUAUGUUCAUAUUGCCCAUUUUGAUAUUUUUAAUUAUCCUCCCCAUUGCAGAAGCAGAAAGCUCAAAUAUCUCUCGUCUGUGCCUUCUCUCCCUUCUCAGGUCACCGGUUGGCUGGCGACAAACCAGAAAAGUUCCUUUCUCUAUUGAAUUGUCAGAAAAGCUUUCGAAAAGAUCAAAGAUGAGUAAUAAGAGCAACAGCGUGAGGGACCAGAAACCCUCAAAAAUCCUUAAGAAGCAACAGCAAGUAACCCCUGAAAUAAUGGCAUCAGCAAUUGACAUGGAAGUGCUGAAGAAGAAGUCACCGCUACACAAUCCUGGCACUUCGCCAAGGUUACACAGGGCCUUGACAAAACCACGGAGCACUGAACGGGGGAACUGUCUUUGCUCACCGACCACCCAUGCCGGUUCCUUCAAGUGCCGAUUCCACCGGAGCUCCGGCAUGAUUCGUGGAGGAUCCAUCGGAUCCAAUCUCUCCGAGUUGGAUGGUAAAUCACGUGCUAUUAGCGACCUGGUUUAGAUCAUGUGAUUGUUAGAAUGGGACUGCCCAAAAAGCUUCUUUUCAAGUUAAAUAUGCAUGCAUGUAUUCCUGCAAAUCAUCAUAUCCAUCACUGGUAUCCUACCGAGGAUGGAGAUGUAUUUUAAGUUUCAUGUCUGAAAUAAUAUGUGUAACUACUUCUUAAUCCA